AUGCUGCCACCCGGCGGCGGCACUGCGGGCUCUCGGACUCAGGCGCGCAGGGGCUGGAGGUGGCGGGCGGCGGAGCCACGCCGGGGCCACGAGGCGGGCAGGCACCCCAUCCCCUCCCGGAGCCCGGGACUCCUGUCCCCAAUGCGCCAGCCUCAGUCUCGGCGCCCGUUACUGGGGCGGAUCGCCAGGAGCUGUCGGGCUGUGGCGGAGCUGGAACCACAAGAGCUGCACCGGCGACCUCCCCGCUGCGGGUCUGGGCGCGCGACCCCCGACCCGGCCGCGCCGACCCCCGCCGGAUCUGCUUCCGGCCCGAGGUGGCGACGGCUCUGGGACCGGCCCGGCGGGGUUCAUCCGGGAGAGGAGGGGGUUACGGUGGGCGGGCGGGAUGCCCGGGUUCGUUCGCCGCCUCGGCUGCGUCUCGGUGCCUCGGUUUCCCCGGGAGAGCGGGAGGCGGAGCCGCGCCUCGGAGCGCAGAGGGACCGCGGCGUGGUGCUGCCCCCUGCCGGCCGCGGGGAGAGGCGGCGCGCGGGGAAGGGCGGGACCGAGCGGGGUCCCGGCUGCGGGCGACCCCAGCGAGUCGCUCCCACCACCGGGUCCGGUUUCUCCGGGUGGUCUCCGAGGGUCUUUGACUCCAAGGUUGGGGAAAUGUGGGCUGGCAUCACUCACACUCCUCACUCCUGCAUUCCCCCUCCCCAUGUCUCCCAGGCUCUGAUGUCCCUCUUUGUCCUGGCAUCCAAGGAUGGUUGGGUGAACAUCAUGUACAAUGGACUGGAUGCUGUCGCUGUGGACCAGCAGCCUGUGACCAACCACAACCCCUGGAUGCUGCUGUACUUCAUCUCCUUCCUGCUCAUCGUCAGCUUCUUUGUGCUCAACAUGUUUGUGGGUGUCGUGGUGGAGAACUUCCACAAGUGCCGGCAGCACCAGGAGGCUGAAGAGGCGCGACGGCGGGAAGAGAAGCGGCUGCGGCGCCUGGAGAAGAAGCGCCGGAAGGCCCAGCGGCUGCCCUACUAUGCCACCUAUUGUCACACCCGACUGCUCAUCCACUCCAUGUGCACCAGCCACUACCUGGACAUCUUCAUCACCUUCAUCAUCUGCCUCAACGUGGUCACCAUGUCCCUGGAGCACUACAAUCAGCCCACGUCCCUGGAGACAGCCCUCAAGUACUGCAACUAUAUGUUCACCACUGUGUUUGUGCUGGAGGCUGUGCUGAAGCUGGUGGCAUUUGGUCUGAGGCGCUUCUUCAAGGACCGAUGGAACCAGCUGGACCUAGCCAUUGUGCUACUGUCAGUCAUGGGCAUCACACUGGAGGAGAUAGAGAUUAAUGCGGCCCUGCCCAUCAACCCUACCAUCAUCCGCAUCAUGAGGGUUCUGCGCAUCGCCCGAGUGCUGAAGCUGUUGAAGAUGGCCACAGGGAUGCGGGCCCUGCUGGACACGGUGGUGCAAGCUUUGCCCCAGGUGGGCAACCUGGGCCUCCUCUUCAUGCUGCUCUUCUUCAUCUAUGCUGCCCUUGGGGUGGAGCUCUUUGGGAAGCUGGUCUGCAACGAUGAGAACCCGUGCGAGGGCAUGAGCCGGCAUGCCACCUUCGAGAACUUCGGCAUGGCCUUCCUCACACUCUUCCAGGUCUCCACGGGUGACAACUGGAACGGGAUCAUGAAGGACACGCUGCGGGACUGCACCCAUGAUGAGCGCAGCUGCCUGAGCAGCCUGCAGUUUGUGUCGCCACUGUACUUCGUGAGCUUCGUGCUCACCGCGCAGUUCGUGCUCAUCAACGUGGUGGUGGCUGCUAUGAAGCACCUGGACGACAGCAAUAAGGAGGCGCAGGAGGACGCCGAGAUGGAUGCCGAGCUCGAGCUGGAGAUGGCCCACGGCCUGGGCCCUGGCCUGAGGCUGCCUGCCGGCUCCCCGGGCGCCCCUGGCCGAGGACGAGGGGCGGGCGGCGGGGGGCGACGCGAGGGCAGCUUGUGCCGGCACUGCUACUCGCCUGCCCAGGAGAACCUGUGGCUGGACAGCGUCUCUUUAAUCAUCAAGGACUCCUUGGAGGGGGAGCUGACCAUCAUCGACAACCUCUCGGGCUCCAUCUUCCACCACUACUCCUCGCCUGCCGGCUGCAAGAAAUGUCACCACGACAAGCAAGAGGUGCAGCUGGCUGAGACGGAGGCGUUCUCCCUGAACUCAGACAGGUCCUCGUCCAUCCUGCUGGGCGACGACCUGAGCCUUGAGGACCCCACAGCCUGCCCACCUGGCCCCAAAGACAGCAAGGGUGAGCUGGACCCACCUGAGCCCAUGUGUGUGAGAGACCUGGACGAAUGCUUCUUCCCCUUGUCCUCUACGGCCGUCUCACCGGGUCCAGAGAACUUCCUGUGUGAGAUGGAGGAGAUCCCAUUCAACCCUGUCCAGUCCUGGCUGAAACAUGAGAGCAGUCAAGCACCCCCAAGUCCCGUCUCCCCGGAUGCCUCCAGCCCUCUCCUGCCCAUGCCAGCCGAGUUCUUCCACCCUGCAGUGUCUGCCAGCCAGAAAGGCCCAGAAAAGGGCACCGGCACUGGGACCCUCCCCAAGAUUGCGCUGCAGGGCUCCUGGGCAUCUCUGCGGUCACCAAGGGUCAACUGCACCCUCCUCCGGCAGGCCACCGGGAGCGACACUUCGCUGGACGCCAGCCCCAGCAGCUCCGCGGGCAGCCUGCAGACCACGCUGGAGGACAGCCUGACCCUGAGCGACAGCCCCCGGCGCGCCCUGGGGCCGCCCGCGCCUGCUCCGGGACCCCGGGCCGGCCUGUCCCCCGCCGCGCACCGCCGCCUGAGCCUGCGGGGCCGGGGUCUGUUCAGCCUGCGGGGGCUGCGGGCGCAUCAGCGCAGCCACAGCAGCGGGGGCUCCACCAGCCCGGGCUGCACCUACCACGACUCCAUGGACCCCUCGGACGAGGAGGGCCGCGGCGGCGCGGGCGGCGGGGGCGCGGGCAGCGAGCACUCGGAGACCCUCAGCAGCCUCUCGCUCACUUCCCUCUUCUGCCCGCCGCCCCCGCCGCCGCUCCCCGGCCUCACGCCCGCCAGGAAGUUCAGCAGCACCAGCAGCCUGGCCGCCCCCGGCCGCCCCUGCGCCGCCGCCCUGGCCCACGGCCUGGCCCGGAGCCCCUCGUGGGCCGCGGACCGCAGCAAGGACCCCCUGGGCCGGGCGCCGCUGCCCAUGGGCCUGGGCCCCUUGGCGCCCCCGCCGCAACCGCUCCCCGGAGAGCUGGAGCCGGGAGACGCCGCCAGCAAGAGGAAGAGAUGAGGGUCGCAGGGGCCCCCGGCCGCCCACGGCCCGCCCCGUCUCACCUUUUUUACCUCAGGAGCCAGGAGCAGACAGCAAUACUUCGUCCACAC